CGUGCGUGUGAGUGUGUGUGUCGAUUUGUGUUGGUGGUGGUUGCAAUAGAUUUUUGUUUGUGCGUAAAAAAAGGAAAGCGUAAAUUGCUGGAUUAAAAAACCCGCAAACAUAUAGUCGGAGGGUUUUCCAAACUGCCAAAGAACACAAGCAACAAUACCAAUAAGAAGAGCAGCAACAGCAAUGGACAUCAUGGACAUCCAGGCCGUCGAGUCCAAGCUGAGUGACGUCACGGUGACACCGAUACCCCGCUCGCAAGUGCAAAACUUCUACAACUACCAACAGCAGCGGGAACAGCGCGAACAACAGCCCCAGAUCCAGAUAUCGGCCAUUCAUCAUUCUCGUGGCUCCAGUUCUGGCUCCGGCGGGGCAUCGGCCACAGACUAUUCCAGUGGUAAGCGUGAUCGCUCCAGUGGCGGCGGCGGCGGCGGCGGUGGCGGUACCGACUACAGCAAGCAGAGUUCGGUGGCCGCGGCCAAUGCAGCUGCGGCUGCCGCUGUCGCCGCACUGCAAUACAGCCCGCAAUUCCUGCAAGCCCAGCUGGCCCUGCUCCAGCAACAGUCCAACACUACAGCCACACCGGCGGCUGCCGCUGCAGCUGCCCUAUCGCUGGCCAAUAUCGCCGCCGCCACAAACGGAGCCCGCAACUCGAGCGCCGGUCUCGGCUCGUCAUCCAGCUCGAACAACAGCAACAACAUGGGCCUUAACCUGAGCUCAUCCCAGUUGAAGUACCCGCCACCGUCCACAUCGCCGGUGGUGGUCACCACCCAGACGUCGGCCAACAUAACCACGCCGCUCACCUCCACGGCCAGCUUGCCGGCCCUGGGACCCGGCAACGGUCUGACCAAAUACGCCCAGUUGCUGGCCGUUAUCGAGGAGAUGGGCCGCGACAUUCGGCCCACAUAUACAGGCUCGCGCAGCUCCACCGAGCGGCUGAAGCGCGGCAUUGUCCAUGCCCGCAUCCUGGUGCGUGAGUGCCUCAUGGAGACGGAGCGUGCGGCGCGACAAUGAGAGGAGGAGUCUCUGGUGCCGCAGCUGGCGUCGCCGGAUUAGGUUAAAUCCCCCGUCCCAAUCCACAUCCCAACCCAUCUCACUUUGGAUGGAAAGAAAUCGGGAGUAGUUCCUCAGAAGAAUAUUUGAAAAAAAAAAGACAUCAUCGGCCCAGAAGGCUCUCUCUUU